CUGGUCAAAGUGCAUCCAGCAUGUUGAGGUUGUCUGAACUGGUGAAUCUGCAUCCAUUCAAAUUUACUUGGGACUAAACCCUUUAAUAAGGUUGCAGGAAUGGCCGAAGUAAAAAGUCUGUGGAAGGUGUUUAUAGAGUAUAUAAGUACUCUGAAGUUCGUAAUGACCUUUCUUUUCUUAGGAGUGGCUUGUUAUAUCUUGUUCGUGUAUCUCAUGUUUACCUCGCUGUGGCCACUCUCCACUCUGUACUUCAUAUGGCUGGUGAUGGACUGGCACACUCCUGAAAGAGGGGGCAGGCGGACAACAUUUGUGAGGAAGUGGAAAGUGUGGGAGCAUGUCAGAGACUUUUUCCCCAUCAAAUUGGUGAAGACAGCAGAGUUGAAUCCGAACAGAAACUAUAUCUUGGGCUACCAUCCACAUGGCAUCAUGGGCGCUGGAGCGUUCACCUGCUUCGGCACAGAUAGCUGCGGAAUCUUGGAGGCGUUUCCAGGGAUUCGACCAAGCCUAGCUGUACUGGCCGGGCUCUUCAGGAUACCAUUCUUUAGGGAUUACAUAAUGAGCGCAGGCCUUUAUCCAGUCAGCAAACAGAGCCUUGGUCACCUUCUUACAAAGAGUGGCAAGGGAAAUGCAGUGGUGAUUGUGAUAGGGGGCGCUGCUGAGUCCCUGGCCUCCACUCCUGGAACUAACACUGUGUUAGUGAAGCAGAGAAAGGGAUUUGUCAGGGUGGCCCUGGAGUUUGGGGCGGACCUGGUGCCUGUUUACGCCUUUGGGGAGAAUGAACUCUUCAAGCAGGUGAUUUUCCCAGAGCAAAGUCUAAGACGCAGGAUACAGGACCUGUUUAAAAGCAUUAUGGGUUUUGCCCCAUGUCUAUUUGCCGGUGAGCACUUUGUGUUCCUGCCUUACAGGAUUCCCGUCAUCACUGUGGUGGGAAGCCCCAUUCCAGUCCCAAAGCGGGUCGCCCCUACCGAGGAGGAAGUCGACCACUAUCACAGAAUUUACAUCGAGGCCCUUAGCAAGUUAUUCCACGAACACAAGGUCAGCUGUGGCCUCCCUGAGAGUCAAAAGCUGCGGAUCAUUUAGACAUUUGAAUUUCCACAUGAACUGGGUAGCUGUGUUUUUAUUUUCUGUUUGAAAUGUGGCUGAUGGUGUCGAUCUGAUGACAUGGACUUGAUUUUAAACAACAGACUGACCAAGGACGUUCCUGUCUUCAUACUGCAAAUUCUGCCUGAACUUGAAAGUUAAGAGCAAAUGUGCCUUAUUAAAAAAAAAACAUAAAGAUGUAUAUUUUAUAUAUAUAUAUCACAUUAUGAAAUAUGUUUGCAUGCUUCUCUGUUUUCAUGGUUAUGUCAGCCAAAGAGGUUGUGUUUUACCCUAUGGUUGGCUUGUUUCUAAGCAAGAUUAAAACUACUGGACUGAUUACUA